CUGCAUACAACUCGAGACGUGCGAGCGAGCAAUCACCACUCGCCAAUAACUACUCUUUGACAACGCAUUUAGGCACAGCUCGUGUGGCUUGCUGUUAUACCUAACUCAUCUAUUCCAAUCAAUUCUCAAUUUUGACAACUGAAACACUGAAACGGGAGAUAUCAAGAUGACGCUCUAUUAUACACUUGUCUUCGUACUCCUCGUGGCAGAGAUGUCACUCUUCAUGCUCCUCGUCGUUCCGAUGCCUUUCACUAUCCGACGAAAGAUGUUCACUUUCCUCUCCGAAAAUCCUAUAGUGGCGAAGAUACAAUAUUGGCUUAAGAUAACAUUCGUCUUCAUAUUGAUCCUCUUCCUAGACAGCGUCAAUCGCGUCUACCGGGUACAGCUCGAGCUAGCUGCCGCUACCGACUCGAAUAAGAGCACAGCGGCAGUAAUGGGCUCCGAGCGCCUCGAAGUACAAGCCCGCAAAUUCUACAGCCAGCGUAACAUGUACCUUUGCGGAUUCACCCUCUUCCUAUCGCUCAUCCUAAACCGAACCUACAUGAUGAUCCUUGAGGUUCUCCGUCUCGAGGAGAAGGUCAAGCAAUACGAAGGAACCGACCGUAAGACCAAGGAGUCGGAAAAGCUAGCCGCCGCUGGUAAGCCCGGUGAGAUCAGCAAGCUACGCAACGAGCUCGAGAAGAAGGACCAGGACAUCGCCACCCUUAAGAAGCAGGCCGAGGGCCUCUCCCGCGAGUACCACGACCUUUGCGAGAAGUACGGCGAGACUGUACCCCCGGUUGGUACGCGCAAGGAUAAAUAGAUGAAUGAUUCCUAAUCCGAUCCGAUCCGUGAUAUAUCCCCUUUCCACUUAUAACCGUCGGGUCUGGUGUAUAAUCGGUCGGAACACAUGUUCGUCUGCUGAACCAAAGAGGGAUAUAUCGAGGCUCUCCUAGGAGUUGUACUACACUACUACGAAAUUUACGAGGGCGGCGUAACGGCAAAGGAAAAAUAAAAGAACAAGAAAACAUGCAUGCAUUGGCAAGGACUGGAUCGACCGAAUAAUUCUGCUAUUGUACUAUUUGAGAACCAAGCAUGGGAGGGGGAGAGAACAAUAUGAGCAGAUCGAUAGCCCUCUCUUUAUGGUCUAGAUCCUACCCUUUUAUAUAGGAGAUACUCUGCUUGCUGUAGGCGAAGCUUUGAUGACUACGAAACAAUAAAAUGCCUUCUGAAUCCCCAUUCGGAUUAUUGCGUGAGUUGAUCUAUGGUCAUGAAGUUGCA